AUGUUAUCGCUAUAUUCUCUCCAGGACAUUAUUCUCUCUCUCCUCUCAUUUCUUUUCUCUCUCAUUCUUUUUCUCUCUCACUCGUUUUCAUUCUCUCUCUCGCACUCACUCACAAUCUAUAUAUAUAUAUUUAAUCAUACUUUUCAUAUCUAUCUUAAAUUCGAUUUGGAGAUGCAAGUUGGCUCCUGUUGCCAUCCCUCUGCAGAUCUGUUUAUUUCUCACGCUUUACAUGAAGAUUUCCCCAUAUCUAUCUAUCUAUAUAUUGAGAUAUUAACUCGGUUGAUAUCUAUCUAUCUAUCUAUCUAUCUAUCUAUCUAUCUAUCCCGGUCUGCACGUCUUUCUUUCUUUUUAUCUCUCUAUUUUUUCCCUUAUUUCCAUAUGUUCUGCUCAUUCUUUCUUUCUCUGUUUCUUUCUUUCUUUCUUUCGUUCUUUCUUCCUUUCUUUUUAUUCUUUAAGGGUUUUUUUUUUCAUUUUAUUUAUUCAUAUUUAACUUUGGGUUUCCUCUCUUUCUUUCUUUCUUUUUCUUUCUUUCUUUUCAUCUAUUGCCUGAUUGUUUCAUUUCUUUUUCGUUUUUUGCCCUGUUCAUUUCUUUCUUUCUUUCUUUCUUUCUUUCUUUCUUUCUUCCCUUUGCUCUUUUAG